GGUGUCAUUCAACAGCUGGCAUUAACAUGAAAGUUUUCGCCUAUAUUUUUGUGGCCCUUUUGGCCUGCGUUGCGGCCUACGAUGUGGAGCUCUUGAGCGAGGAGAAAUGGGACCAGCUGGUCGAACGCAAUCCUGCAAAGCCCGAUACCCAGGGACUGAUACUGAACGGAUCGGCCAAGAAGGUCCUCAAUGCGCUGCUCGAGCAGAUGCCCUGUGGCUGGCCCGAGUACGGUAUCCCCCCACUGGCACCCUACACCAAUGCCGAUCUGAAGAUUCAUCUGGCCGAGUCCUUUGUGGAAUCGAUGCUGCAGUUUCUGCGCUUCCGUUUCGAUGGCUUGGAGAACAUGGAGAUCAAGAAGCUAAAGAUCAGCUACACCUUCAACAAGAAGGUGCAAUUCCACAUCAAAUUCAAGCAGCUGAAGGCCAGCGCCCACUUCCUGGACACCGAUACCUUCGUGGACAUGCUCAAGCAGCUGGGUUUGAGCGUGCGCUACGAGAGCAGCGGCCCCAUGUCCUUUGCGCUGGAGAAUCUGUCCAUCCAGGGACAGUUCAAGUACAAGAUGCCCUUCAUGUUCGGUUCCAUUAAGAUCUACAAGUUCCAGUGCGCCAUCGGACUGGGCGGUGUGUCCUCCAACAUUGGCGGCGUCAUGGGCAACGGCAGGAUCAACGAGUUCAUCAAUGACAUGAUCGAAUACGAGGUGCCCGCGUUUAUCAAUGGCCAGCAGGCAGCCAUUAGCAAGCAGAUCGAGGAGAUAUUUGUGCCUAUGAUCAACCAGAAGCUCAAGGGUCACAAAAUCUGGUAUCUACUCUCGAAAAUCUCCUUGGUGACCGGCACCUGCAACCCCACUCCGGCACCCUGGCUGGCCGUAGAGUCGAGGAAUUAAACAUCAGCAAAUAAAAAGCAAUUCAAAUUA